GGGGAUGAGUACUUGUCGAGGCCCAAUCAGCGCUUUUGUGUUGCCUGCCGGUGCCGGGGACUGGUCGUGAGGAGCUACUGUAGCGCUUCAGGAUCGGAUAGUGAACCCGGAGCCAGUGGAACCUGAAGGGUAAAGGAGAAUCAGACUCUCCAAAUUCAGACAAUUGGACCAUGAUCAUCUUGACGUUAUCCCUGUUAUGUCUCCAAAGUUGUUGUGAAGUGUACACUUGGGACUCCUUGGGUCUUGCACAUUAAGCCAAGUCAGGGCGGGCACACACCUGGCAGUGACGGCGGCAGCCAUUUUGAGACCACGCGGAAGCUUCGGAUGCAGAGAAGGGGGAUGGAGAGGAUGAGUGAGGAGGCCUUGCGGCUGAAUCUUCUCAAGCGUGGCCUGGAGGGGCCUGACGAGCGGGCCGAGGAGGCGCUGGCCAAGCGCCUCAAGAUGGAGGGCCACGAGGCCAUGGAGCGCCUCAAGAUGCUGGCCCUGCUCAAGCGCAAGGACCUGGCCGCCCUGGAGGGGGCGCUAGGGGGCAGCGUCGGGGGAGGAGGUGAUGGGAAGGGUCCCGGGGGGAGCCACCAGGCCCUGCUAGGGGCCGCAGCAGCAGCCGCCGCCUACGAAGAGAAGCUGAACGGGAGCCUACGAGGAGGAGGUGGCGGAGGAGGAGGUGGCGGAGGUGGAGGAGGUGGUGGAGGGGGGAUGGGCGGAGGUGGAAUGGGACUCGGAAUGAGCAUGGCGCACAUGGCAGGCGUGCACAUGGCGCACGUUGGACACAUGGGGCUCCACGCAGGCCCGGGGAAGAACGGGAAGGAGAACAUGCUGGACGAUGGGCCAGUGGACAUGAGCGCCCGGCGGAGCUGGUUCAAUAGGCCGUGCAGUAACUACAAAUGGGACCAAGAAUAUAUCAUUAAUGAACGUGAACGCGAACGCGACCACAAACGCCGCACCCCGUCACCAGACGUCAUCGUCCUUUCGGACAACGAGGCGUCCAGCCCCCGGGGGACCCCUCAGCCCGAGGAACGACACAAGCUCGCCAACCUCGAGAUGUUCAAGGGUAAAACAGGCGAGGAGCGUCAGCAGAUGAUCAAGGCUCUGCGGGAGGAGUUGCGUCUGGAGGAAGCUCGGCUGGUGCUGCUCAAGAAGCUCCGCCAGAGCCAGAUGCAGAAGGAGAACGUCGUCCAGAAGGUGCCAGUAGUCCAGAAUGCCCCCUCUUCGGUGCAGCCCUCCCCCAUGCACAGCUCUCAGGGUCUGGGCAAGAUGCCCGUGAGACCAGGCAUGCACACCACAGAGCCCCAGAACCUCCGCACUGCACAGGGUCACACAGUGAUCAGGUCAGCCACCAAUGCCAACCUGCCCCCAAUGAUGAUGUCACAGAGGGUGAUUGCCCCCAACCCAGCCCAGCUCCAGGGUCAGAGGUUGCCCUCCAAGCCUGGCAUGGGCCGCCCCAACACAGGGGGCAUGGGCAACGCUGUCAGCUACCAGCAGGGUCACAGGGUUAUGCAUUUAUUGGCCACCAGCCAGCAGGUGGCGGCAUCCCAGCGCUCUGCCUCCUCCUCGGCCAUCUACAUGAACCUGGCCCACAUGCAGGUGGCGGGCGCAGCCGGGGUGGGUGGCGUCGGCGGCGUGGGCGCCGUGAGCCCCUCCGGCAUGCCCAGCGCCACCUCCGUGGCGUCCAUGCAGGACCAGGCCAGCAGCCAGGCGGCAGCCAAGCUGGCGCUGCGCAAGCAGCUGGAGAAGACCCUGCUGGAGAUCCCGCCCCCUAAGCCGCCCGCUCCGCUCCUCCACUUCCUGCCCUCGGCCGCCAACAGCGAGUUCAUCUACAUGGUGGGCCUGGAGGAGGUGGUGCAGAGCGUCAUCGACAGCCAACACCAGGGUAAGCUGCGGGGCUCGAUGUCCAACACCGAGCCGUUCCUGUGUGCCCAGUGCAAGACGGACUUCACCCCCCACUGGAAGCAGGAGAAGGGCGGGCGCAUCCUCUGCGAGCAGUGCAUGACGUCCAAUCAGAAGAAGGCGCUGAAAGCCGAGCACACCAACCGGCUGAAGAACGCGUUCGUCAAGGCCCUGCAGCAGGAGCAGGAGAUUGAGCAGAGACUUCAGAAGCAGGCCGCUCUCUCUCCGAGCACCGCCCAGACGGUGACCAGCGUCAGCAAGGCCGAGACCAUGAUCCGGCACCACGCCCUCAGACAGGCUCCUCAGCCCCAGGCUGCGGCUAUGCAGCGAAGCUUGUCCAGCUCGGCGCGAGGCGUCCUGUCCAACUUCGCCCAGGCCUCCCAGCUGCAGGUGGCCAGCGGCCUGCUGGGGAUGGCCGGGAAACACUGCGGAGGUGGAGGAGGUGGUGGAGGAGGAGGUGGCGGCAGCAGCCGGAGUCAACAUGACAGCCACAGGCAGAUCUACAAUAUCCCCGGACUGAACAUAGCCUAUCUGAAUCCUGGAGCCGUCGGGGGCCACAAAGCGUCCAGCCUAGCAGACCGGCAGCGGGAGUACCUGCUGGACAUGAUCCCGCCACGGUCCAUAUCGCAGUCCAUCACUGGACAGAAAUGAGCUCCAAGCCAGGACCCGGACCACCCCGCCCCUUGCCCCUCUUUUCCUCUCCUCAAAUACACCCCUACACCCAUCCCCCCCCCCCCCCCCCCCACACACACACAACUGCCCACCCUCCCUGACCCCACCAGCACCACCGCCCGCCACCUCCCACCCAUCGCAUGCAGUGCCUGUCCGUGUGCCUACCCAGCAACCCAUGAGAAAUGACACAAUCAGCAGCCUGUCAGUAGACUCCAAACUGUUCAGUGCAUCUCAACUCUUUAACUCUCUUUAAACUAUAGCAAAAUCUCUAUAUCCUUAUUAUUGCAACUAUUAUUGCUGUCGUUAUUGCAACUACCUUUAUUAUCAUGACUAUUAUUAUUAUUAUUAUUAUUAUUAUUAUUGUUAUUAUUACUGUUGCUUCUGUUACUUAUUCUUAUUACGUCUUUAGGUAACCUUUUGUUUUUUUGCAUUUUAUUUAUUUGAUUUUUUUUGUAAGAGGGAGGGUACUAGAUUGCAGGGUCACACAAAGAAUAUUUUUCACCUUUUUUCUUUUGAUUUCAAGUCACUGUCUUUUGCCUUUUGUUCAUAUUCUGCCCAGAUGAAGUACUUGCUGGUAUUUUGUUUUUCUUCAGAAUCAUACCCACCUUUGUGCUUAUAUUACCUAUGCCACUCUGGAGCUCAUAUGUGUGGCUCCUACUCGGUUAAGACAGUGGCAGAGACUCAUCUUGCAGCUAAAACCAACCUUUGUAAAAAAAGGCUCAACGAUAUGCAUAUACAAAGAGCCGUUGUAAUGAUGCAACCUUGCUGGUCCUGCCCAGGAACAGGUCUACAAGUUUAAUCAAGGGCCCUUUUUAUAAAGUAUAUGAAUUUUUGAUAUGAUGAAUCUUAUCGAGGGUUAAUACCAUCACGUGCACACAGUGGAGUGGAAGUGAAUGCAAGUGCACCGCAGCGGUGUCAAAAACAAAAACAACACAUGGAGUUAACGUGGAAAUGGAAAAAAAAAAACAGCAUCCCGUAUCCUUGCUGAACACCGACAUCCGAGGUUUCCAUCUGACUGCAUCCCCCUCGCUCUUUCUAAUCCUUCUUUAGUAAAUAUGGAGUAUGCUUUUUUUGUGUUUGGCAAAAAACAGGAAGGGAGUUCAAGGGACAAGAGAGAAUUGGAGGGACAAUUUCAUUGCCACCAUCAUGAGCUGUGUUCCCAGAAUACCAUUUUGAUUUUUUGCUUUGUUUUAAUAGUUUUGAUUCUGUCAUUUUUUUUUGUUUUGUUUGUUUGUUCGUUUUAACGGCGUCUCCUUCUGAAGCGGUUGUGUAUCUAAAAGGUACGUGCCCUGGGAGACGAUAAAUCAACAUAUUGAGAUAGAUAAACUAUUUCAAGAUCUAAAUGGACUAUGUGUAGAUUGUUAGCUUGAGAGAUCGAUUUUAUGAGAAGGAGAUGGAUAUAUCUAUUGUUACGGAGACGCAGAGCAAUCAUCGUGUGAAGGAAGUGCACGGGAGAUGUCUCGUUUUUGAGGUAGCACUUUUCUUGUUCAUUUGAAGUGGGAAGAACGGUUUUGAUUAAACAGGAUUUCUGAAUGUCACGGUUUAUAUGACCCAUGUAAAAAGUGUGGACAUCAUCGGAUUGUUUGUCAGAAAGUCAUGAAGAGAGACUGUUGAGUGUUGUGCACUGAAUUAUAACAAAUUUGGUAUAUGUCUUUGUUGUCUGUUUACAUUUCUGCCCUACCCCAUCAUAUUCUAGGCACAAGUAUAUUGGUUCAUUGGAGAGGAGCGUUGACUCUUGAGUGUUAAAAGUGUUAAGUGAGAGAUCACUGAGCCUUCUUUAACCUAUAAACAUACCUUCUCUGUCCACCAAUGCAUUUCAAUUGAAGAGCUCCUGGAUAAUCCAUUUUGGAUCAUGGUGGGGGGUCUCUUCACUUCUAGAAGUUGAAACAGUGUUUAGUCGUAAUGCAGUAUUACACAUGGCGACAAACCACAAAUCAACAUACUCCUAAUGUGAUUUGCUGUGUUGGCAGAUCAGGACACUCAAACGUGUCUUAAAAGCAUCUUACUGCUACAGUCACAAGUGUCACAAAUAAUACUGCCCAUUCGAGCACUGGUUGAAGGAGUGUAGUUCACGAGGGCCCAAGGAAGGAUUCUGGAGCUUAAGCACUUUGCUUAAGGUCCUUCAGUGUUUCUCUGACUUUGCAUUUGUUCAGUAUGAGAGAUGUAGUAACCAAGCAUAGUGUCAAUACAAAAGAGCUGAAUAUAGAGGUCAUUUUGGAUUUUGAGUCAGGGUUUUAGGUUAACAAAGCCCUUGGUGCAAUGAUGUGAUGACAUUCUGUCAGUAGCAGAAGCUGAGAGGAAGUCAAUAUGGAGGGACAGAGAUGCGGAGAGUGGAGGGACAGAGAUGCAGUUUUGAGGAUGCUUGAAAGCUGUUUUAUGAUUCCAAAAGGAUAUUUCCCAAGAGUAGCAUGUUAUUUCUAAUAAGGUCACCUAUCUGUUAUGGCAAUUUCAAACGCUGCUAGGUCACUUCGGUUUUGUAAUGAUCAGUGUGGUUGGACAUUGGGUAUCUGUUAAGGGUAUAUGCUACUUGUAGCAUUAAGCGAAAUGAGAUGCAAAACCCAAACUCAGUCAUUUCAGAACUACCUUGAAUUUGAUUGGCAGGUGCAAUAUUAGCUGUUAGAAAGUUUACACUCAGAAGAGAUUUAGUCGAAGGGAGUUCAAUUCUUCUUUUAUACUGAAUUAUCAGGUGUGUCCUGAAUGGGUUGACAGAGUAAUGUUGUGUUCUGGGUUACAUUUUCACUAUAGGACCUUCUCCUCUCAUCUUUUUUUGGCGCUUUCACCUUGUCUUGUUUUUUUAUGUUAGCAGUGUUUUGAAAGCACUGUGAAACUUGUAUAUUAAUGUCCCUUAUUUCUCUCUUGCGCUCUUGUGCAGACUAUAAUAGAUGCAUCCAUAUACCUUUUGUUAAUAUCAACCAGAAAAAAAAACCUUUUGAAAAUGUAAUUUUCUAGUAUUUUGAAAUGUUACAUUUCUUUUUGCUGGCUCUUCAGUUAAGUUCUUAUUUUGUUUGAUCAUUUCAUUUAUUCAUUUUUAAAAUGAAAUUUAAUCAAACAAAAAAAUUGUAAUGGAAUUGAAUUGUAAAUGAAUUUCAAAAUAAAAACGACACAAUAUUUGCUAGGUGAGGAGUAAUAAUGACUUAUUGUACAUAUGCUUUUUUUCCCUCUCCCUUGAAUUAAAAAAAUGAACUGAAAUUGAAAAAUGGUUGUAUAUUGUGUAGAAAAGCAAACAAAAAAAGCCAUGAAUAUUGUGAAGCUUGUCAUUUCGUUUUGUGAUCACUGUGUGUUUAUUGUGUAACAAAAAUGUGCAAAACGUACAGGAUUAUUACAAUUCUCCUGGUUUUUGAUAAUUUGCUUUUUCGUUUUUGUUUAUUUUUCGAAUGAGCUCUUUAGGUGCAUAUUUUUUUUGUUUUGCCCUGGCUGUAUGUUUUUGUAGUAUGUAGAGUUUGCAGAUUUAAAAAAUUACAUCAUUGCUCAGCUACAGCAUUUGAUCCAAGCCAAAGUCCCAGGGGCUGAGGCCCACAGGACGUUCCUAAAUGUGUUACGUGUAUGUGUGUGUUCCUCUUCAUUUCCUUUUGUCAAAAACAACAGAGACAUUCAGUGAAAUUUAUACCUUUGUUUAUCUAGAAAACCCAUGCAGUGUGGUUUUUUUUAAGAGGACUUGGAGUGGAUCAAACAUUUGACAGUAUUACACUCUAUUGCUUGCACUUGACCAAGUCCGAAGCUCUCACCGGUAGAUGCAAACAGAAAUAAGCAAACGAAAAAUACAAUGAAGCAUGCAAAAAUUUUAGUUCAGCUGUGUUCAAACAGGGUUUUUUGAACCCUACAGGGCAAAUCUUGUAUAUUCUUCUUAGUCUUUCUUUUUUUAUUUCUUGAAAUUGUUGUUGUACUCCUUUUGAACCAACUAUUGGUUUUAAAACCUUUCUCAAUUAUUUUCACUCUACAAUUGAAAAAAAGUUGUAUACAUAGUAUACAUUGUUAUUUUAUGAAAAAUGAUUUGCUUUUAUUUUUUAUUUUAUUUUUUCCUUUUCAAGGUCAAAUGCUUACUUCCUUUAGUCUGUAAAAUAUGAUAAGGUAUUAGACAGGAAAACACUGCAAGUGUUAAAUAAAAGGAUGCCAUUGAGAAUGCAGUCUGCAAACUCUCCACUCAGACAAUCAGCUUGUGUGGGCAGUGUUGCGGUCACAGGCAUGGAUUGCUUCUCUUUUCUACCUAUCUCCUUUAUUACCCCAAACCAUAUUUCCUAAGUAUUUCUUUUUAGUGUAGUGUUGUAUGCUCAUUUGGGAUGGCAAUCUCCUUUCUUGAAAGUACAAGUACCCUUUUUUAAGGAGAAUUGGGAGAAUAAGGUUGGGAUUGUCUUUUUGUUUUCUUCGUAAGAAGUAAACUUUUUGAUUUGUUUUGUUUUCCUUAACUGAAUUGGCUGCAUUAGCUGGAAUUUCACUAGAAUGGAUGUCUGCAUAUUGUGAAUCCCAUUUGUAAGAAACACAAACACACAAUAAGUAAACAAUUGCAAUGAAGUCAUUUAGAAUUUGUAUGAUUUGAAAUGGACCUUUGUGGUAUGACUUCAGAAUUUGGCGGAAAAAUAUUUAAGUGCAUUCUUCGUAAUUUUUUUUUUUUUUUUUUUUGGGAAAUGAAUCCAGACCUUUUGCACAUCCUUGAUAUUUAACUGUCAAAAUACAGAAAAUGGAGAUUGAAAAAUGCUGUUUGAUUACUGCCGGUUGAUUAACAAAAAUUAUGCAUUGACUGAAAAAAUAAGCUAAUUUUGGAGGAAAUAACUUUGUAAUAUUUAUCUCUUGCAAGCUAUGUUUAAUAAAGGAUGGAACAGUU